GCUUGCUUGGUUCUGUUUCUUAAAUGGAAAAAGAUAUUUUGUGAUGCACCAUCCAACUCAAUUUUUCCUCUGCUUCACUCUACCCAGUCUAGUUAUUCGUGUUUCGCGACCACAGAGAAAAGACUGAAAGAAGUUGAAUUCAAAGUUCUGGUCUUUUCUAUACAAAAACACUCUUGUUUGCAUCUUUGUUAUUUGUGUGUUCAACCUUUUGUUAUGCUUACUUAGGGAGUUUUACUUGUAUAAACAUGAUGAUUCAGAGGAGUUCGCCACACUUUCUGAUUUGACCUUGAAAAUACAUCAGAACGCCCAUGUUUGUUCAGAAUUUUGUGCUGCUUGUGUUUACUUCUUCUUGUCUUUUUAUUGCCUUGUUUCUGACGUAGGUUCGACUAUUACGGCUUUAUUUCUAUGUUAUAUUGGAUGUUCUGUUAGCAAUAUGGCCAAGCUUGCCCCUCUUGAAGACCCUCUUUUGGAUACUGACUCUACUUCAAUCAACAAUCCUGAUCCUAUUAAGACCAGAGGAAAUGAAAAUUUGACCCGAUAUUCAAAUGCUGGAUUUUUCAGUAUUCUUUCUUUCUCAUGGAUCACUCCAUUAAUAACACUGGGAAAUGACAGGACUUUAAACCAUGAAGACCUCCCACUUCUUGCUACUGCUGACAGUGCCUAUGGGGUUUAUCCAACUUUUAGAAGAAAACUCGAGUCAGAGUGUGGUAGUGUUAAAAAUGUGACCACACUUAAGCUGGUGAAGGUAUUAUUCUUGUCGACAUGGCAAGGGAUCUUUUUAUCAGGUUUAUUUGCAUUCCUCUAUGCCUGUGCUUCUUACGUUGGACCCUUUCUUAUUGACAUCCUUGUUCGAUACCUCAAUGGAGAAUACAUGUUUAAAAAUGAAGGCUAUGUUUUGGCUGCGACUUUUGUUGCUGCAAAGCUUGUGGAGUGUCUUUCACAGAGGCACUGGAUGUUUAGGUUUCAGCAGGUUGGGGUUAGAAUGCAAUCCAUGUUGGUGGAAAUGAUCUAUGCUAAAGGUUUGACUCUUUCGUGUCAAUCAAAGGAGCUUCGUAGUACUGGGGAAAUCAUCAACUUAAUAACUGUCGAUGCUGAAAGAAUUGGCGAAUUCUGUUGGUACAUGCAUGAUCCAUGGAUGUGUGUUUUGCAGCUUGCUUUGGCCCUGUUAAUUCUCUAUAGAAGUAUGGGUGUUGCUUCGUUAGCUGCUCUUGCUGCCACUGUAAUUGUGAUGUUGGUAAACCAUCCUGUUGCAUCAUUGCAAGAAAAGUUCCAAGGCAAGAUAAUGGAAUUCAAAGAUAAAAGAAUGAAGGCUACGUCUGAGAUACUUAAGAAUAUGAGGAUUCUAAAACUGCAAGCAUGGGAGAUGAAGUUCUUAUCAAAGAUUAUUCAGAUUAGAAAGAGUGAAGAGACAUGGCUAAGGAAAUUUCUUGCUGGCACAGCAACUAUUCGAUUCUUCUUCCACAACGCCCCAACUUUUAUUGCAGUUGUUACGUUUGGUGCUUGUGUUCUUGUGGGGAUACCACUUGAAUCAGGGAAGGUCUUGUCUGCACUUGCAACAUUCAGAAUUCUUCAAAUGCCCAUCUACAGUCUUCCUGACACAAUUUCUAUGAUUGCACAAACUAAAGUUUCUCUGGAUAGGAUUGCAUCAUUUCUUAGACUAGAUGAGUUGCAGACUGAUAUAGUACAGAAGCUUCCGUGGGGUAGUUCUGACAAGGCAAUUGAAUUAGUGGAUGGAAACUUCUCAUGGGAUUUAUGUUCUCCUAAUGCAACAUUGAAAAACAUAAAUCUCAAUGUUUAUCAUGGUAUGAGAGUAGCUGUAUGUGGUACUGUUGGAUCAGGCAAGUCUAGUUUACUUUCUUGUAUUAUAGGGGAAGUACCAAAGAUAUCUGGGACAUUGAAAAUAUGUGGAACAAAGGCUUAUGUUUCUCAAUCGCCAUGGAUACAGAGUGGAAAGAUAGAAGACAACAUACUAUUUGGUAAAGAGAUGGACAUUGAAAAGUAUGAGAAGGUGCUAGAAGCAUGUUCCUUGACAAAAGACCUUGAGGUUCUACCAUUCGGUGAUCACACCAUUAUUGGGGAGAAAGGAAUCAAUUUGAGUGGUGGUCAGAAGCAAAGAGUGCAAAUAGCUCGUGCUCUAUAUCAAGAUGCUGAUAUAUAUCUUUUUGAUGAUCCCUUCAGUGCCGUUGAUGCUCAUACAGGAUCCCAUCUCUUUAAGGAAUGCUUGCUUGGCCUUUUAAAAUCAAAAACUGUGAUAUACGUAACACAUCAAGUAGAGUUCUUACCUGAUGCUGAUCUAAUAUUGGUCAUGAGAGAAGGAAGGAUAACUCAAUCAGGAAAAUACAAUGACAUUCUCAAGACAGGCACAGAUUUUAUGGAACUUGUAGGUGCACACAGAGCAGCUUUGUCUUCAAUUAAGUCUUUAGAGAGAAGACCAACAUUUAAAGCAUCAAGUACCACCGAUGAGAAAACAAAUUCGUUAAGUGAUUUUGAACUUGAGCAAAAUGUGGAAGACAUACGUGUUGAAAAUGAAAAGCCAAACGGCACAGUUGAGCCCAAAGGACAACUCGUUCAAGAAGAAGAACGAGAAAAGGGUAGAGUUGGGUUUAAAGUGUACUGGAAAUACAUCACAACAGCUUAUGGAGGAGCUCUUGUGCCCUUCAUAUUACUUUCGCAGAUACUCACUGUGGGUUUUCAGAUUGCAAGCAAUUAUUGGAUGACUGUAGCAACUCCUGUUACAGCAACAGCAGAAACUGAUAUUGGAAGCUUUACACUCAUGGUUGUCUAUGUCGCUUUGGCAAUUGGAAGUUCCAUUUUCACCUUUGCCAGAUCAUUUCUUGCUGUGAUAGCUGGAUACAAGACAGCCACUGUACUCUUCAAUAAAAUGCAUUUGUGUAUUUUUCGAGCACCAAUUUCAUUUUUUGAUUCCACCCCAAGUGGUCGAAUACUCAACAGAGCUUCAAUAGACCAAAGCUCGCUAGAUAUGUAUAUUGCAAACAUAUUAUGGGCAAUUACCCUCAAUCUGGUUCAACUAUUGGGAAAUGUUAUUGUGAUGUCUCAAGCUGCAUGGCAGGUGUUCAUAGUAUUGAUACCUGUCAUGGCAGCUAGCAUAUGGUACCAGCGGUACUAUUCUGCAUCUGCAAGAGAAUUGGCACGAUUGGUUGGUACAUGCCAAGCUCCGGUUAUACAACAUUUUUCUGAAACAAUUUCUGGAUCAACAACCAUAAGAAGUUUUGAACAAGAAUCAAGAUUUAAUGACAUAAACAUGAAGUUGAUAGACAGAUAUUCCCAACCCAAACUUUACAGCGCUACUGCAAUUGAAUGGCUAAAUUUCCGAUUGGAUAUUUUAUCCACUGUCAUAUUUGCCUUCUGUUUGGUAUUCUUGGUAUCUUUCCCAAAUUCAAUGACUGCUCCUGGCAUUGCGGGAUUGGCUGUGACCUAUGGACUUAAUCUAAAUACUGUGCAAACUAAAGUAAUCUGGUUUCUUUGCGACUUGGAGAACAAAAUUAUAUCAGUUGAGAGAAUACUCCAGUACACAUCCCUCCCAAGUGAAGCUCCUCUUGUGAGUAAAGAUAACCAACCGGAUUGUUCUUGGCCAUCAUUUGGAGAGGUUCAUAUCUGGAAUUUGCAGGUUCGAUAUGCUCCUCAUUUGCCUAUUGUUUUACGAGGUCUUACUUGCACUUUUACUGCUGGAUCAAAAACUGGUAUUGUGGGAAGAACAGGAAGUGGAAAAUCAACUCUUGUGCAAACACUUCUCCGCCUUAUUGAACCUAUGGAUGGAAAAAUAUUAAUAGAUAACAUUAACAUAUCUUUGAUUGGAAUUCAUGAUUUGCGGUCUAGAGUCAGCAUUAUUCCUCAAGAUCCAACGAUGUUUGAAGGGACUAUAAGAACCAACCUGGAUCCACUGGAAGAGUACACAGAUGAACAGAUUUGGGAGGCUCUAGAUAUGUGCCAACUUGGAGAUGAUGUAAGGAAAAAAGAAGGGAAGCUGGACUCCAUAGUGACUGAGAAUGGAGAAAAUUGGAGUAUGGGUCAAAGGCAGUUGGUCUGCCUAGGCCGUGUUCUACUGAAGAAAAGCAAGAUCUUGGUGCUUGAUGAAGCUACUGCAUCUGUUGACACAGCCACAGAUAAUAUUAUUCAGCAAACAGUUAAGCAACAUUUUUCAGAAUGCACAGUCAUUACCAUUGCUCAUAGGAUAACUUCUAUCAUCGACAGUGACAUGGUUCUAUUCUUAAAUCAAGGGUUGAUAGAAGAAUAUGAUUCGCCUAAGAAACUUCUUAAGGACAAAUCUUCAUCUCUAGCGCAACUAGUUGCAGAAUACACUAGGAGGUCAAACUCUGGUUUUGGAAAUUAAAUUGAAAUUAGCCACCAACCAGAUAUGUUCUUCAUGACGAUAAAAAUUUUAUGGUGUCUGGUCACCGUUACAUUUCAUCUAGUGUAUCCUACCUUACUGGACUUAGGUCAAGGUUUCAGUUGUUACACUUCCUAUUACUCUAAGACUAGUAUGAGACUCACCCUAUAAAUAAUAUUAAUUUUGCUCACAGAUAAUUUAUGCUUA